AUGAUCAAAUUUGGAGCAUGGAAUACCAGGGGUAUUAAUGACCCUGGUAAGCGACAUGCAGUCUUGGAUUGGGCGUCUGUUAAUAACCUUGUUCUAUUUGGCUUGAUUGAGACUCGGGUUAAGGAGAGUAAUUUUUUGAACUGUUCUAGGAUGUUUGCUAAUCGUUGGUGCUGUAUACAUAAUUAUGCUUCUGCGAGCUCAGGGAGGAUUUGGGUUAUGUGGGACGAAGAGUAUGUCUCUAUCUUACCUCUUCUCACUACUUCACAGCUGGUGCACGUGCAGGUUACAGUUAAGUCUACGCAUCAGGUAUUUGGUGCUAGUUUUGUUUAUGGUGCAAAUUUUGCGUCGGAGAGGGUUGAUCUUUGGAAUAGUAUGACUCAAGUUAGAUCUAUGACAUCCCAACCGUGGGUGGUUUUGGGAGAUUUUAACUCUUUAUGCUAUUCCAAUGAGAAAGAGGGUGGUCGGCCACUGACGCUUCAGAUGCUACAACCUUUGUUAGAUUGUUUACUUCGGAAUGAUCUCACCGAUCUAACAUGGUCUGGCUGUCACAUGACUUGGAGUAACCGUGGAUGUGGUGAUGUUUGUAUUGCGUCAAAGAUUGACCGUGUGUUGGUAGAUGGUAAUUGGAUGGAUGUGUUCCCACGCUCUUUUGUGGUUUUCCAGAAUCCAGGUGUGUCAGAUCAUAGUCCAAUGGUUGUAACUUCUGAUGUGCCAUUUCGUAGGAGGGGUAAGCAAUUUUAUUUUUAUAAUCAUUGGGUGGACCAUGUGGACUUUUUUCCACUAGUCCAAGAUGUUUGGUCUCAGCCGAAUGGUAGUUCCCCCCUCUUUUCAUUUUUGAUUAAAUUGAAAGCCCUUUGGAGUCGAUUAAAGCAUUGGAGUAGGGGUGCCUUUCAUGGAUUGGACGACCAGGUGCAUGGCCUUAAUUGUGAGAUUGAUUCCUUACAAUCACAAAUAAGUGCCAACCCAUUUGAUCCAUUGUUGCAGCAACGGGAGGUUGAUUCUCUAUGUAGGCUACGACAUUUGUUGAGUGUUAGAGAAUCUGAAUUGAAGCAAAGGGCGCGGGUUCGUUGGUUGCAACAGGGUGACAACAAUACUAGUUUCUUCCAUCGAUCCUUGAGAUCUAGAAGGAGUCACAAUCAGAUCACUUCAAUAUUUUCAAGUGCUGGUGUGCCUCUAACAGGAGAUGAACAGAUUCGAAAUGAGGCAGCUUCCCACUUCGGGAGGGCCUUUAUGGACACCCCACAGAUUAUCACCACAUCUUUUACUCUCCCUUUACAGCGGGGUUUAGAUGCGGCUGAUGGUGAUUUCUUAUCUGGGAUGUUUACCCUAGAUGAGAUUAAGGUUGUUGUGUUUGCUGCUGAUGAUGAGAGUGCGCCUGGUGUUGACGGAUUUGGGGCGGGUUUUUUCAAGAAGUGCUAG